AUGUCGGGUUCACUGUUGCUAUUUGCCCAGUGCUUGGCGCUUCUGUGCGCUUUAGCCUGUUCGCUCCCAACUGGCGAUUCUGAGGCAGAGUCUCUGGAUUCGCGUAUUGUGGGUGGUUACAUAACUAAUGUAGCACUGCAUCCACACCAGAUCUCAUUGCGGCGAAAAUCAUUGGCAGUACCGUAUAAUGCUUUCUCCCACAUCUGCGGUGGCUCUAUCAUUGCCAGCGACAAGGUGGUGACGGCUGCCCACUGCAUCAUUGCAUCUGUUCCUAGCCAGUAUAAAGUGGUUGCGGGCACCAAUUUCCGGCAGGAUACCGACGGCGUCAUAGUGAAUGUACAGGAGAUUAUUAUGCACGAGGGCUACAAUAGCAGCAGCUAUGAAAACGACGUGGCUCUACUCAUACUCAGUCCUCCACUGCCGCUGAACAACCACACCAUCAAAGCUAUCGAAUUGACAGAGACAGAGGCGGUGGCGGGCACAAUUUGCACCAUUACCGGCUGGGGCACAACAUCCUCCGGUGGCUCAGCCUCCAAUGAACUGAGGGCCGUUGAUGUGCCAAUUGUGAGCAAUGAUGAAUGCAACGAUGACUAUGGUAGCGAUAAAAUUAAGCCAUCUAUGAUGUGUGCUGGUGUUCGUGGAGUUGGCGGCAAGGAUUCAUGCCAGGGAGACUCUGGCGGCCCACUAAUUGUAAGCAACAAGCUGUAUGGAAUAGUAUCGUGGGGUAAUGCCUGCGCUCAUCCUAACUAUCCCGGAGUUUAUGCAAAUGUAGCAAAUUUGCUAACCUGGAUCAAGUCUAAAGUGCAGUUGCCCUAAUUGGCUAAUCUACUUAUAAUUUUGUUAAAUAAAUUCGUUUUUCGAAAUGGUUGGCGACCAAA